GAGUCAUUCAGCAACACGUAUCUUUUAUACAGAUAUAUUCUAACACGCUAGCAGAAUGCGACUGUUGUACGGAACUGUGAUGUUAUUGUUCCUUGUCGUCUUCACAGAAUCACGACCAGAAGAUUCAGGCAAUGGCAGCCUGUCAAACGUCUAUAAAUCAGGAAUGAGCAAAGACGCAGAGCAAAACUGCACAGCAGGAAUCCAUAAAUGGUUUACCAAAGACGACUUACAGCUAUGCUAUCUCUACAAACUAAAAGGCAUCGUCGAGAAGGCCGUCUCAAUGGCUUUAAAGCACUGUCAAAGACUAUUUCGAGACAGACGCUGGAAUUGCUCUGAAUUAAACACAACCAAAGUAUUUCAACACCAGGGAAUAAUGAAAAAAGGAAUACGUGAAAGUGCCUUCGUGUAUGCCAUUACAUCCGCCGCGGUAGCAUACGAUGUAACUAAACACUGUAACAGUUAUGUAUCAAACGGCAUGUACAAGUGUGGCUGCAACACUGGAAACUCCCACUCGUGGACAUGUUAUGAUUUUGAUAUGUACUUGAAGUAUGGCGAAGAGGUAUCAAGACGUUAUAUGGAUCCACCCAAACACGACGAACUCUCUCUGCUCAUUCAACAUAACAAUGAAGCAGGACGACAGGCCUUAAAAGGUUCCCUUCAGAGGGUCUGCACGUAUAAGCAGUUUGGAUAUUUUGGUAAUUUUCGCGAGAUCUGUUGGCGUAAACUACCAUCGUUCAAUAGAGUUGCAGGCGAUCUUCUAAAGAAAUUCGAGCGAUCCUGGCGUGUACGUGCGAACAGAACCCUGGAAAGAUAUUCCGACAAAAGACGCCCUUCAAGAACAGACCUCGUGUACACCGAUCAUUCUCCCAGCUUUUGUCGACCUGAACCGAGCCUGGGAACUGCAGGAACUCGAGGGAGACUGUGCAAGAAGAACGCUUAUGGCAGCGAAGGCUGCAAGAGAUUGUGUUGCGGAAGGGGAUUCAGUACCUCAAUUAGAUUAAAAGGAAAAAAAUGUGAAUGUGAACUUAAAGGGUGUUGUAAGUUGUAUUGCAAGUUUUGUGAUAAGAAUGAGUCCAUUGAGGAUCGUUGUAUAUAAUCUACGGCAAAGAAAAAAAAGUAUUUGUCUACAACGUUCACCAACAGCAAGAUAUUGUGGUUKACUAAAACUACGCACUUCAAUGUAGUAAAAAUAUUCAAAUACUACUAUUAAAAUAAAAAGUAGUUUGAUAAAUAGCGAAUAUUCGUAUGUAUCAUAGGCAUGUUUUUCUUCUUACUUCUUUGAAAGUGUAAUAAAGGCCAUCGUCAUCAUCGCAGCCGA